GUGCUGAGCACGCUGUUACAGCUCGUGAGCAGUUGGACACACACCUGUGGAAGAGGAGCGGCAGGUGAAGCGGGAGAUUGGAUACAGACAUUUUUAGAGGCCCGAGGAUUUUCUUUGAGUGUCACUGGCAGCAGAAAAAAAGGUGAAUCAAACAGACCUCGUCUGAAAAUGGAAUUUUUUAAUAUAAAGUCGUCGGCUGCCCUCAUUUAUGACGAGUUCAUCCAAAAUGCAGACUCGCGGACGGGGAACUGGCUCCUCAUGUCGUCCCCUCUCCCCCAGACCAUCAUCAUUCUGGGGUACAUUUACUUCGUUACAUCUCUGGGGCCUCGGAUUAUGGAGAACCGCAAAGCCUUCGACCUUAAAGGGAUCCUCAUCGUGUACAACUUUGGCGUGGUGGCUCUCUCGCUCUACAUGUGCUAUGAGUUUGUGAUGUCGGGAUGGGGAACAGGAUACAAUUUUCACUGCGACCUGGUCGACUACUCCAAUUCACCACAAGCCAUGAGAAUGGCAGCAACGUGCUGGCUGUAUUACUUCUCCAAGUUCAUUGAGAUGUUGGACACAGUCUUCUUUGUCCUGAGGAAGAAAAACAGUCAGGUGACAUUCCUUCAUGUCUACCAUCACUCGAUUAUGCCCUUCACCUGGUGGUUUGGAGUCCGGUUUGCACCAGGAGGUCUGGGAACAUUCCACGCCCUGCUGAACUGCGUCGUCCACGUCAUCAUGUACUCAUACUAUGGCCUGACCGCUAUGGGCCCCAAAUACCAGAAGUACCUGUGGUGGAAAAAGUACCUCACUACCAUCCAGCUGAUCCAGUUCGUCAUGGUGACCAGCCACAUCUCCCAGUAUUUCUUCCUGAAGGACUGUCCCUACCAGUUCCCCGUCUUCAUCUACAUCAUCGGCCUGUACGGCCUGAUCUUCCUGUUCCUCUUCCUCAACUUCUGGUACCACGCCUACACCAAGGGCAAGAGGCUGCCUAAAGUGCUGCAGGCUCAGACGUGGGCACACCACACCAACGGCGUCAUGAAUGGAGACGUCAAUCAUGACAAAGAUGAGUGAAGCGGGCUCAUCUGGGCGUUUAUGGGUUGAUCUCAUUUACGUAAAAAAAAACCACAGCAGAGAAUGAGCUUCAAUCCCUGUUUGUUUUGGACUGUAAUUUUUGAUUGCAUUGCUACUGGCUAUUGCAAAAGACAAUCUUUAAAUUAUGACCAAAGCUUUAUUUAAGAGGUUUACUGACCCAAGCUGAAGGGUUUUUAAUAUUUUUUUUGUUUACACUGAAGGUAAAGCCUGUUAUGGUUCGGCUAUGGAAGUUUCCAAUUAUCCUCCCGUUACACAACAGUGGUGAAAAUGUGUUUCAAAUGGACUCCCACUACUCUCUAAUGUAAAUACUUAACCUGUAAGACCCUCAGCUGUACAGUCAUACUGAGCCUCCUUAAAACGCUUCAAACGUGCAUCCAUUUUUACUUCUAUCACUUCUAAGGAGAUUUUUACAAAAGUUUAGCUUUUUAAGAAACACGCACUGAAAACAUAAGUUUAUUCAAUUUGACCUAAAAUGGGUGGUGUUUAGACAGCACGCCUUAUUGUUGAGGUCACUGUUGUAUGCAUGCAGAAUAGGGUGAUGGUUUGACCAUAUCAGCAUGUCCACUUCUCUUCGGUUUGAGUCACAGCUGCUGCUGAUGGUUCUGAGAUUUAGUGUACAGGGCUGUCUUCAUACAGUAAAGUCAACUCACUCUCCUGAUAAUAAUUCUCCAAUGAAGCGCUAGUGUGACCAAGAGAAGGACUGAUAGACCGCUGUGCAUCUUGUAGGAUCCAGAACAGAGUUGGAGUUAAACUACUUCCUGAGGCCAAUAACACUGUCUUUAACAGCCUGCAUAACUUUCUCUUUUUAGUCAGACAUAAACAUGGGCAGCCUCACUAGCCUGUGUUUCAGUAUUUAGCCUUGUGUGUUGAAGCGUCUUCAGACGGCUGGAGUCAGGCUGACGUCUGUAGAGUAGUUUUUGAUUCGGUUACCAUGAUCUUCAAAAGAAAAGUGAAUGUAACACUCUGCUCCUCUGGUGACUGAGGACACAGGAUGGAGCUUGGCAUGAUAUGGUACAAGCUCAUGUUAAUACAAGAUUUACAGAUGCAGUGAAUACAAAUGGGUUGAACUUUAUUUUUCAAUUCCUUUUCAAGUUAUACCACUAAUACUGUAAGUAACUCUGAAAUGAAAUGUUUAUAUUGUAUUUUUUAUGUAUUUAUACAAAAUAAAUGAUCAAUGUGCUUUAA